UCCGUGGAUUUUCGUCUCGAAUUUUCCAACAAACCAGUCAUUUUAGAAUUUACCAGUCCAUUUACCGUUUUGAAUAAUUUUUCUUCUCAACCAGCGCUUCCAGACAUGGAGCAUUAUAAAGGAAGAAACUGUUGUCUUCUACUGGUGGUUCUUGCACUUGUUGGAGAUCAUCUGCAGAUACCUGUGGUGACAUGCCAAGAGGACGAGGUGUCGACCCGGUGCCUCCCCCGGAAGACGUUUUACGCAUUUCUUCGUCUACCGGAAGUGAGUUCGAAUCUUGCCGCGUAUUCACGAACCGCGCGGAUAAUUCAAGACGCGAGAAACGAUUUUGUCCAUCUCAAGGGCCUGAGUACCACCAGUCGCGAGGAAGGCGACGACGGGAGGAUCUGCCUCCCCGCGUACGUCUACUACGAGAUAUUCAAUGAUCCGACUAUGCGGGCACAUCUUAAUGCCAUUGAGAGAGUCCAAAAGAUGAUGGUGGAGCCAGAGAGGAUCGACGAGUCCGGGAUUUUCGAUUCCCAGAAGAGGAGUCUCGCGACACUCGCCAAAAAUGGAGAUCUGCCUGUUUCCAUCCAGGAGAGGGCCCAGGACGGCCAGGAAGACGACGAAAAACGCAGUGAGGCGAGUAUGACACCAGAAGAGCUGUUGAAGCUGUACGGUGGGGAGUCCUCGGAGGAGAAGCCAACGGAGAUGAUGUCAUACGGUAUACCGAGUGCUCUGGACACGGAGUCGGAGGAUUUCUUCAGUCACUGGGGUAAGAGGAAUCUGGCAGCACUUGCUCGUGAAUCAGCGCUUCCUGGACGUCGGAAUAUAGCGUCGAUGGCUCGAGAAUUUGGUCUUCCAACUGGCAAGAGGAACGUUGGAACUCUCGCCCGUGACAGACAAUUGCCCUCCGGAAAGAGGCGACCUUCUUACACCCUUGGCAGGCUGUUCGUCAUCCCCGUCGCCACCGGAAAAAGGAACGUCGGUUCCUUGGCCAGGGACUCUGCGCUUCCUCCUUAUGGCAAACGGGGAAUAGCUAGUCUAGCUAAAAAUGGAGAUUUCCCUUUUCCAAAGAGGAACGUGGGGACAUUGGCCAGGGACUGGAGCCUUCCCCAGACCAGGCACGGCAGAUCACCCGAUGAAAAUGAAGAGGACAAUCGAUCCAACUCAUUUGAACGACAGCUUGAUGAUGUCAAGGCCAGGACUAAGAGGCAGGCUGAUUACUCUGAUGAAUAUCCACUUCCUGUUAUGCAGAAUUCUAAUGUUAUCGAUUACGAGGACAUCAUCGAGGCCAUUGCCAACGGCUUCCCCCAGGCUGCUAAGAGAUUCAUGGGAGCAGGUGGCUGGGACGAUUGGCAGGACGAUUAUACAGUGCCAGUGGGUUAUCACGGGCCUUAUCAACCAAGUAAGAGACAUAUCGGGGCUCUGGCACGCCUCGGUUGGCUACCAUCCUUCAGGGCAGCACGAUUCUCGCGUUCCCCGAGAUAUCUGGUCGGCAGGGAGAAUUCCGCAGAUGGGACCUCGUCCGACGACACCUCCGACUCGUCGACUCGGUCGUUAACGGCCCAAAGAAGAGGCUCAGGAACCCGUUACGAGCAAUCAAUCAAGAAUGAUUGUCGGCAUGGCUUCAGGCGAUAUCUAUUGACACCAACGAAUGACAAUUAUAUCGGUCAAAAUUUACGUUACCCCAUCGAUUUUUAAUUACCCUUGAUUACUACAACCCUCGAAAAACCUAUUAAAAAAAAAUUAAAAAUCUAAUUAAUUGAUCGAACAAAAUAAAAUGUCUUGCAACUCA